AUGCCUGAAUGCAAGCAGCUCGUCGAGGACUACUUCUGCGAAGAAGACAAACUCGAAGGAGCCGAAAUCGCCGACUGCAAGGUCUACAAGCGGAGCGAAGAGGGUAGACGGCUGACGGAACUGGGCAGACCCGAGGAAGACCGGCUAGAGGAUGGACGUAGACCCACCGACGACGGCAGAGGACGCCCGGACGGUUACCGGGAAUAUGGCAAGACGUACGGCGCACAUAGAGAACCUUACAGCGGGGGCGGGAACCCGUAUGCGGCGGCAGCGCGCGACCCGUAUGCACCGCCCAAGGGUUCUUACUCUGCCAACACCAAGGAAGCAAACCCUUACACCAAGGACCCCUACACCAAAGACCCGUAUAGCAAGGACCCCUACACCAAAGACCCGUAUAGCAAGGACCCUUAUAGCAAGGACCCCUACAGCAAAGAUCCUUAUAGCAAAGACCCUUAUAGGAAGGACUCUUAUAGCAAGGACUCUUAUAGUAAGGACUCUUAUAGCAAGGAUCCGUACGUGAAAGAUAACUACGGAAAAGAAAGCUAUGGAAAAGAUAAGUACGUCCGGGAUGGCAGCGACUACGGUGGCAAGGACUACGGCGGCAAGGACUACGGCGGGAAGGACUACGGCGGGAAGGACUACGGCGGGAAGGACUACGGCGGGAAGGACUACGGCGGGAGGGACUACGGCGGUAGCCGGGACUCGUAUAGUAAAGACUCGUACGGUAGUCGGGACUACGGUGGUGGGCGUGAGUAUGGCAAGGACCACGGCGGCAAGGACUAUGGCGACAAGGACUAUGGCGGCAAGGACUAUGGCGGGCGGAGGCUGCGCGACGAUGACUACAAUCGGAGCAAACCGCGGACCGAGCAGGAACGGAAGAUGAAGGAGUUGGAGGACGCACGUCGGGACGACAUGACGGUGUUGGUGAUAAAUUUGCCUUUGCGUGCGACGGAGCAAGACAUCAUUGAUUUUUUCUCGCAUAAUGCAGGUAAGGUACGAGCCAUCAAGCUGGUUACGGACAGUCGUGGGAAGAGCAAGGGUAUCGGCUACGUGGAGUUCGAGGACUCUACCGCCGUUCUGCGAUCCCUGGGACUCACCGGCCAAAUGCUCAUGGGACAGGCCAUUCGAGUCCAAGCUUCGCAAGCUGAGAAAAACCGCGCCGCUCGUGCCGCCAAGGCCCAACAAGACCUAGCCUCCGCGCAAGCCCCCACGAAGCUAUAUAUAGGCAACUUGGUAGACCAGCUUGCGGACCUCGGAGCCGCAGAUCUCCGCAUGCUGUUUCUCCCAUUCGGAACCAUCAUCAACAUAGAUGUGCCGAAAGACGGGUACACGCAGAAGAACAAGGGGUACGCGAUAAUUCAGUACGCUGAGAGCGAGCAGGCGCGCGACGCGUUGCUGGCGAUGCACGGGUUCGAAGUUCAGGGCGUCCAAAUCAAAAUCGGCUUCGCUACGACCGACGACGAAAAGAAGCAUGAGACGGAUCAACGUGAUGAGGAAGACGACGUCAUCGGCAGCAAAGCAGUCGGCCGUGGUGCAGGUACCGCGGGGCUGCUCGAACAACACUGCUCAGACAUCCUUUGCCUGAAUAACAUGUUCAGCAAACAAGAGGUCAACGAAAACGGCUACCAAAUCAUCGACGAGAUCGAAGAUGACGUCACCACUGAGUGUCUUCGCUUCGGAAUCAUCAUCGACUUGUUUCUUGAUGAGGAACUUUUGGACGGCAAAAUAUUCGUGCGCUUCGCCACGACGGAGGAAGCCUGUGAAGCGUUUCGUGGUUUGCACGGACGGUAUUUUGGUGGUCAGAAGAUCGAGGCCUGCUUUGUGGACCCUCUGGAGUUCAACAAGCUGAAGGCCGAGUAA